AUGGCUGCCGCCGCCGUCCCCGUCAAGCUGCCCAUCCCGCCGGCCAAACUGCUAAGCAGCCGGACCUUUAAUGUGCCCGGCAAGCUGACCCAGACCGAGCUGUGGUUCGAGGUGCCUCUCGACUAUGCCGACCCAAUCGCCAGCGGGACCAUCAGGCUCUUUGGCCGCCUCGCAACUCGCCGCGAGACGCCCCUCGCCGCUCCGGACCAGCCACCGACCCCCAAGCCGUACGUUGUCUAUCUCCAGGGCGGCCCCGGCUUCGGCUGCUCCCCGCCUAAAUCGGCGCCUAUGACGGAGCACCUCCUUAAACGCGGAUACCAGGUGCUCUACCUCGACCACCGUGGUACUGGUCUGAGCACGCCCGUCUCGCUCUCCAUGCUGCAAAGGGUGUCGGCUGACGCCGACGGCCAGGCCAGCUACCUCGGCCUGAUGCGCCAGGACAACACGGUGCGCGAUCUGGAAGCUGUCCGUCAGUGCUUACACGAGGGCCUUUCCGGGGAAAAGGCCAAGUGGUCCAUCAUUGGUCAAUCAUAUGGUGGUUUCGUCAGUCUGUCGUACCUCUCCAUGCACCCGGAAGGUCUGCGAGAGGCUUACCUCACCGGCGGCCUGGCCCCCAUUGGCCGCUCUGCCGACGAAGUUUACGAAACAACCUUUGCCCAUACAGCUUCGCGUAACAAGGCCUACUAUGAGAAAUUCCCCGAGGAUGUGGAACGCGUCAGGAAACUUGUGGCCUACAUUGAGAGCCAAGGCGGCGUUGCGCUUCCUGGCGGGGGCACAUUGACUGUGCCUCGCCUCAUGACCAUUGGCAUCUCCUUUGGUGUACACGACGGCUUCGAUACUGUGCACAAUGCGAUUUUGGCGUUGGAUGCUUCCCUGGAAAGCUUUGGUUUCUUCUCGCGCUCCUCGUUAUCUACCAUUGAAACCUGGAGUGCCUUUGACAACAACAUCAUCUAUGCCAUUCUCCACGAGGCCAUAUACUGUGAUGGCCCUGGCUCCGUGUCCAACUGGUCCGCUCAACGUACUGGCGAGACGCUUGAGAACUUCUCAUGGCUUCGCCGCGGCGCCAAGGUUUCCCAGAGCACUGAGCCCCUCUUCUUCUCUGGCGAGAUGAUCUUCCGCGACCACUUUGAGACGUACCCCGAGCUGUUUGGCCUCCGCGAAGCCGCUGAAAAGCUGGCGACCGCGAGCGACUGGCCGGCUCUGUACGACCAGGAGCAGCUGCGCAGGAACGAGGUACCUCUGUAUGCCGUUUCUUACGUCGACGACAUGUUUGUCGACUAUGGCUUUGCCACUGCCACGGCCCACCUCGUCAAAGGCUCCAAAGUUUUUGCUACAAACGCGCUGUACCAUAAUGGUAUCCGUGCGGACGCUGAGGAGGUGUUUAAGCAGCUGUUCAGCUUGCGCGAUGAUACCAUCGAUUAA